AUGGCUGCGCAGACCGCCGCAUUCGUGCUGCGGUGCACGCGGUCGCUGCUGGCGUACAAUAAAUCCAGCGGGCACCGCUGGAGCCCCAUCCCGAAGCCACCUCCCCCGCACUACGAUCGCCUCUAUGGUGUCCACUCGGUGCUGAACACGCUGCGUGUGGCGGCGCAGCGGCAGCAGCAACAGCAGAAGACCGAUCCACUCCGAGAGACGGCAGACGCACCAGGCUCGACCUCUGCAGCUAAAGAGACAGCCUCCACGGCUCUCCACGACGCCCAUCCGUCGUCAAGGGUCGCAGCGUCUGUGUCGCUGCUUCACCCGCAUCGCGCGCAUCUCGCGUGCCUGUACGUUCGAGAUUUCAGCCUCGAGGAGGGCGGAAAGGGCGUGGAGGAGCUGGGCGACUGCAACGGCGACGACGCCGUUGCAGAUGAUGCGGUGAGCCGUACCAAUCCUGGGUCCCGGCCGGACGAGCACCGCCACUGCCCAGGGCGAGGGCGGCACCUUCGCAAGAAGAAGGUCAUUCCUUCCCGCUACACGGCGGUGCGCUGCAUCACUGCCCUGGCCAAAUCGUUGAAUGUUCCUGUGCGGUUCGUGCCACGCGCGGAGCUGGUGCAGCUCUGCGGGGAGCGACGGAACCAGAACAUCGUUCUCGAGGCGUCGUCGUAUAAGCCUCAGCGAAUACGACACCUCGGCGAGAUAUGGGGAGCGGAGGGCGCGGCGGCAACGACCACGGAUGCCGCCUCCGCUGGCCCCGUCACAGUACUCUUCCUCGAGCGCAUCGUCGACCCCGCCAACAUCGGGGGCAUCCUUCGCACCGCAUUUUUCUUCGGGGUCGAUCAUGUGAUUCUAAGCCGCCAGUGCGCGAGUUGCACGGCAGCCGUCUCGCGCACAAGCACGGGCUUUCUAGAGCACCUGCGCGUGUAUCAGGCCUCUACAUCCUCUGCUGCCUUCCUGCGGGCCUCGCAGCAGGUCUGGGCAUCGGCGGCGCCGCCGUCGUCGUCGUCCAUCACCGGUGCCAGCGGGCUGGAAGUGAUUGCGAGUACGGUGGUGUCGCACACGAAGGCGCAGCGACACGACCCGAACGAGAGCGCUCCGGCGUUGCAGUCUCCCGCCUCCGACGAGUCGGCGCCGUCCGAGGUGAGCGUCGAGAGCAGCAGCGACUACGUGCGCGUGUGUGCCCAGCAGCCGAGCUCGUAUCCCCCUCCUGUGCGCGUGUUGCUGCUCGGUAACGAGGACGCCGGCUUGCCGCCAGAUCUCCUGCAGUGGUGCACGCAUGUGGCGCACAUCCGUUCUCCACGGCAGGCGCGUCUGCGUCACGCGCGCACCAGUAUGCAGGGAGCGUCGCACGAGGAAGCGUCAGAGACGUGCGUUGCUGACGCCGAGGCGGGCGCGACAGACGCGCCGCUCUCCUCCAACCCCCUUGACAGCACCGCCGUCGCAUCCUCGGCUUCAGUGGAGACGUUCGAUCAGCACCAGCACAACCUGCGCCGCCUGGCACGCCUCCGCGAGAAAGAGGUGUCGCUGAACGUCAACACCGCCGCGGCAGCGCUGCUGUCCGCCUUGUGCGGGGUGGAGGGGCCGCUGGGGAACGGCGGUGGUCAGCUGGGGUUGGUCGAUGUGCAGCCGCUGUGCCCGCCCUGA